AUGACCGCCCGAGGGAGCGAAAGGCGCUCUUCCUGGAGGCCCGGCUCCUUCUCCGUCUUCUUUCCCAUGGGCAGCCCCGCCAAGCCCGGGGCUUGGAGCCCUUGGCCCUGGCUCUUCCUGGCCGCCUGGCUCCUGAACCCGCCAGCAGCAGGAGCGGCCAGGAGCAGGAGCAACAUCCUCCUCGUCCUCACCGAUGACCAGGACCUCCAGCUCGGGGGCAUGACACCCCUGAAAAAGACGCAGCUGCUGAUCGGUCAGUUGGGGGCCACAUUUGCCAACGCGUUUGCAGUGACGCCGCUGUGCUGCCCGAGCCGCAGCAGUAUCCUGACGGGCUGCUACCCCCACAACCACCUGGUGAGGAACAACUCCUUGGAGGGCAACUGCAGCAGCCUGGUCUGGCAGAAGUUCCAGGAGCCCUACACCUUCCCCGUUUACCUGCAGAAGCAAGGCUACCAGACCUUCUACGCAGGCAAAUACCUCAAUCAGUAUGGAGACCCUAAAGCCGGAGGCGUUCAGCACGUCCCCUUGGGUUGGAACUAUUGGCUAGGCCUGGUGGGGAAUUCGAAAUAUUACAACUACACCCUUUCAUCAAAUGGACGCGAGGAGAAGCACGGGGACCUUUAUGAGGAGGACUACCUUACAGAUCUCAUUACCAACCGGAGCCUGGCCUUCCUGCAGAGGCUCUCUCGCCCCCCGUUCCUUAUGGUGUUGGCUCCUCCGGCCUCUCACUCCCCAUGGACGGCAGCCCCGCACUACAAGUCGGCCUUCAGCACCAUCAAAGCUCCCCGGAAUGGAAGCUUCAACGUUUACGGGAAGGACAAACACUGGUUGAUACGGCAAGCGAAGUCUCCUAUGUUGAACACAUCCAUCGAGUUCCUGGACAAUGUCUACAGGCAACGGUGGCAAACCCUGCUCUCUGUGGACGACAUGGUGGAGAAGGUCUUGCUUCAGCUGAAAUCACUUGGCCUGCUAGAUAGCACAUACGUGUUCUACACAUCGGAUCACGGGUACCACACAGGUCAGUUUUCUCUGCCCAUCGACAAGCGACAGCUUUAUGAGUUCGACAUCCGAGUGCCGUUGAUGGUGAGAGGCCCUGGCAUCAAGCCGAACCAAACAUACCUGGAACCUAUUCUCAAUAUAGACCUGGGACCGACCUUCCUGGACAUUGCUGGAUUCAACGUAUCUCUUACUCCCAUGGAUGGACAGUCUUUCUUGCCCCUGCUGGUGAACAAGACAUGCAGGAACGGAUGGCGGUCAGAUUUCCUGGUGCAGUACACGGGAGAAGGGUGUAGCAGCAAGGACCCAUACUGUCCUGCCUUGGGACCUGGCGUGUCACAAUGCUUCCCUGACUGUGUGUGUGAGGACGCCUUCAAUAAUACCUAUGCCUGUGUGCGCACACUCCACCCCAUCAAUUUGCAGUAUUGUGAAUUUGCUGAUGCCCAGGAUUUUGUAGAAGUCUACAACCUGACCGCAGACCCGCACCAGCUCCUGAACGUGGCCAAAGCGGUAGACCCUUCGCUGUUGGAGCAGAUGAACCAGAGGCUGAUCAAGUUCCAGGCGUGUUCAGGGCCCAGCUGCCGCUCCUAGCUCCCCGGGGGAAGCCCUUUCUUGCUGACCGUGCCAAGGAACCCCAGGAACUCGUUUUGGAUCUCACCAUCGUUUUGUGGCCUCAGCUCCUCCUCUCUCCACUCUGAAUCCCGACAUUUUAAUGCCACUGGAAGAGGAGGAGGAGGAUUAGAUGGGAAGCCAAUGACUUCCAGAGACGGGACUCCAGUUGUUGUUGGACUGCAAUUCCCAGAAUCCCCAACCAGAAGUCAAUGGUCAGAGGUUGUGAAGGUUGCAGUCCAACGGGAUCUGGGAGUUCUGACUGGGAGUCACUGCACUAUACCCGAUUCCGGUGAAAAUUACUAGAUGUCAGGUUCCACUGACUUGUGUUUCACUGUUCGUGUCUCCUUCUCAUGGAGGCCAUCAACAUGGAGGCCAUUCACAUCUCAGGGUGGACCACAUUUGGUCCCAAGGAGGCCAGGGAUGGGUGGAACAGAGACCAGCAUCUACCCUUUACAUCUCUAGAGGGUUUGCCAGGAUUUCUGAAGCCAACUUUUGUAACCAUAUCAAAAUGGAUUGAGAUUUUUUGAAUGGAAAGACUUCUUGAGCUCAGCUAAGUUCUGCUGCUGGAAACAUAUCCGUGGGUCCCAUGUUCUUUUGUUCUUUACAUGCUCCAGCAGAUGGAUUUAGCGGUCCAAGUAAAACAACGACACGCACACAAAACUUGGACAUUAGAGGUUUCGAGUUAGCAGAGGGGGGUUUCUGGUGCAUUGGUUCCAACUCGUGGAAGAUCCCGUCCAGUCCUACCAACCCUUCCCUGAACGGCAUGCCAUGGUCAGGUAGGGAAAGAUGACCUCUUCUCGCCUCCUGCCUUGGCUGUGGAAAGGGAUUCAUGCCCUCAUCUAGUCACUAGUCUGUACACAAUAUCUUCAUCGGAUUCUUAUUUUUUCUCCUAUUGAGACCUGGAGGCUCACCAUAUCAUUCCACAAAUGUUGCGUCUUGCAAAUCCUCUGUCCGUGUAGAAGGUUUGCUUCAAAUCCUCUCACUUAGCCAGUAGUGGCUCUGGCAGCUGCUGUGUUGUCCUCACUGUGUCUCUCUCUACUUUAUUACUGUGAAAAGAAAUGGAAUAAAGAACUUGUUUAUUGGAAAAUA